AUGCUUCAAUUCACGACUCCGCAGUCAGGAGAUCCCAGGAAGAACAAGUCUGCCAUUGCAUUCCAGGUACGCCAGCAUGCCGCCAAAGUCGCUGCUGCUCGCCACAGGAAGACCUGGAUGUCGCGCAGACCUCCAAGCAUCAACGAUGGUGCUGCCGCUCCCCUCGAGUCGUGUUUCCUGCUCAGCUUGGACAGCGACACCGAAAAGUCCCGUCAGACCUCUGCCGACGUCGUCAAGAAGGCGAAUGAAGGUGCCGAUCGUAGCGGCCGCGCAAGAACAUCGCGUCCCAGAUGGACUUCGGUUUACAGAGUGGACAUGCCGAAGCAAGCAACCUCGAAGUCGACGCCCAAGACAUCACCGAGCGCCACGCGGUCUCCUUCGACUGAACCCUCGAGCUCCGAAAUCGACUUGCACGCAAGCAGCGGCCUUGGGUCCCGUUUCGAUUACACGAACGCCUUACCGUGGCCUAAGUCCCUCGACUCGUUCUUGGACGCCGCUUUGGGCUCUGCGCAGUCGGCUACUGCUUCAAGCCUGGUUGUGGAAGAUGACAGUGGAACCUACCAUUCACUGCUGACAUCAGGAAGACACAUACCAGACGUCCAAGCCAGCUUGCUUGCGUUCGUAUUAGGUAGCGGAUUCGGAGGCCUCACUGCCCUUCCGCCACUCCUGAAGCAGGCGCAGCGAAGAGCGGUGAGUGUGACCGUGGCCCUCGAUCAGUACCAGAGAGAGUCCAUAGGUGCGCCUUUAUUGGAGGACAUCGUCGGAGAAGCAGAGCACUCAUACAUGGCAUUCCAGACAAUCGAGAUUGCGUUCCCUGCAGCCACGACAGGUGAGAUCUUGGUGGUGGACUGCUGUCGCUUGGCUGGCCUGGUCUACUGCGAACUUGUUUUGUUUCCUUCACUUUCGGAGGGUGAUAUUAUGUUCAGGCUGGUAAGCGACUUGCAGGUAGCCUUGGAGACCGCCUAUUUCUGGUUGUCUGGAGAAGAACGCCUCACGUCGGUUUCCAACAUGCUGCUGUGGGCAACUGCACUGGGUGCUAUGGCGGCGACAACCGCUACUGCGAGGCGCUGGUUUGUAAGGAGACUGUCGGUGCGACUAUGUGCUGACGAAAGGUUAUGUGUGUGGCAAGUAUUCAGAUCUUUGAUGUCCACCUUCCUAUGGUGGCGCCCUGUCUGCGAUCAUCCAGGUCAGAUGGUUUGGGAAGAAGCGAUUCAUGAUAUCCAAUUGGCAAUUUGCAACGAGUAG